AUGGUGGAUCGGUUGUUCGAAGUUGGAAUUAUUCUGUGUAUUGUGAUAUUUCAUCAAUGUCAAUCGAAUUCACAUUUUCGGAAACGUGGCCCGGUGUGGAAAUCUGCGUCGGGAAACUCCGAGAUAAACCCCGGAGGUGGCCCAUUGAGCAACUUUGGGAACUAUAUACCUGCACCAACACCUAAACCGAUCGUUCAAACACGAAUUGUUUCUUCGGGGGAAGGAUCCAAUCGGAGGGUCUUUAUUUCCGCAUCCGGAUCAGGUUCGUCCCGCGAGGCACUGAUGGAAAAAAUGAAAAAAUUGUUAAAAGAGCAUCAGGAACGUAUACAGAGGCAAGGUGGAAAUGGGAAAUUCGUCAUUACUAGUCACACUUCCCACAUAGGGGCUCCCCAGGUGUUCCUGGGGCCAGAAACUGUGCCAAUGACACCAGCACCUCCGAAACAACCAUACAAGAGUUCAAAGCCACUAACACCGUCUAAGUUUACUCCUCAGGAACAGGCAACACUUUUGCAGUACCAUAAUGACGUACGACAACACCUUAACCCUCCUCCAAAAAUUAUGGAACGUAUGCAAUGGAGUGAUGUACUAGCAGGAAAGGCUCAGGAGUAUGCUGAGAGGUGUGAGUGGCAACACAGUGACAAGUCAGGACGGAGGAAUAAAUUAGGUUACCGCUUUGUCGGGGAAAACCUAUACAUAUCCACGGCGUACGGCGUGACGAAAAGCGUGAAGAGCUGGGCAGACGAAAAGGCGUACUACGAUUACUGGGCAAAUACCUGUGUCCCUGGUCAACAAUGUGGGCAUUAUACACAGAUGAUCUGGGCUACAACAAACAUGGUAGGCUGUGGAAUCCAUUUCUGUCGAAAAGUAGCAUUCUGGAGACGAGGUGACGCCUAUUAUGUCGUCUGUAACUACGGACCUGGCGGAAAUAUUAAUGGAGCACGACCAUAUGAGGCGAAAACGGGCGGAAAUAGUCGAACAAAUGGUUCUGUUAAAAAUAAUCGAGACGAGGGGGUUUCUAGUAACAGAUGGAAAAGUGUUAGUGGUACGGGUAAACAACAGGUCGUCAGUGGAUCAGGUAGUUCUGGAAAUACCGUUAUAACACGUACCAAGAGUAGGACAAGCAGUAGGACUAGCCGGAGAAAGUCUACCAGAAGGAGGACACGGUCACGUCGUCGCCGUCGCUCACCCGUUUAA